CCUAGCGGUGAAAGUGAUACCGGGUAGUUGAAAGAGAAAUGGUAAACAAAAAGGUAAAGAUGGCGGUCCUGUCGGUUCAGCCGCGAUAAAACGACGCCAGGAAAGAACACCACCAAGAUGUCAACUCAAACCGGAGCCAAGCCCGAAGCAGAGGCAAACGCAGCUGGUGGGACCGUAGUUCAACUUCGAGGUCAUGAUGUUUUGAAAGAAGGCUGGGCCUCCAAGUUGAGUGGAAAGGCCCUGUUCGGACAGUACCAUUGGGACCGGAGGUGGUUCAGGCUGGUUCAGAGGGGAGCGGACGUCACCUUGUACUAUUACAAAGCAAUAAAAGAUGAAGAUCCAAGAGGCCAGGUCAGACUGACAAGUAACUAUGUAGCGCGUGAGAUUGAGGCCGGGGAGAGAGUGAAGAAGCCUCACGCCUUCGCUGUCGGGAAACUUGUGGAUGACGGGGCAACAAGAACGUACUACCUGAGCUGUGAGAGUGAAGAAGACAAGUUGGAGUGGAUGGCUACAAUAGGAGCUGCUAUCGAGGGUGUACCAGACCGGGCGCUCAAGAGAAAAUCCACUGUCAGGGUCAAAAUGAAAAACAAGGUCCAAACUCUUCCUACCUCUGAGAUUGGUGCCACAGUGACCAAGCAAAAAUAUGAGGACCCAAAAUGGAGAAUGCAGCAGUGGGAGGGGCUUUGUGAGAUGAUUGACAGGCCCGUGGACCAAUGGAAGAAGUGGGAGAGUAAAGAGGGCGUGGCUGUUGCCAGGAUGUCAUUCAAAGAGCAGCCAUAUGCAAUCAUCAUGGUGGAUGGUACAGUUGAAGCCCCCUGUUCUAUCGUCUACAGCUUCUUGCAGCAGGCAUGUGCAGAGGGUGGCAAGCUGGAUUACUUCUUUCGAGAUGAGAGAGUGCUACAGAGCAUUGACCCUGAUCGAGCGAACUCCGUCGUACAGUGGCACUACAAGACAUCACUGCCAGGCAUGACCCCGCGCGAGGACGCCACACUUUGUAGAGUUGAGCUUUCCGGAGUGGUUUUGAAACCCGACACCAAGAGUCCCAACAAGACCAGGAUGACGUUUCUCGCACAGGUGGAUGUACGAGGGUCACUAAGGGGGAUGUUGAAACAGUCGUACAAGUCAGGUCUGUUGGUUCGAGGUUUUCGCACCAGUUACCAACAUCUAGUGGAGGAGGUCGCCACGUACAUGAAAGUCGUCUCCAUGUAGUCAGCAUCCCACAAGGGGCCAAAGGUCAUGGUUCAAGGGGCCAAAGGUCAUGAAGUAAGAGACCAAAGGUCAAUAUGUACAAAGGGCCAAAGGUUAUGGUUCAAGGAGCCAAAGGUCGUGAAGUAAGAGGAUCCAAAGGUCAAUAUGUACAAGGGGCCAAAGGUUAUGGUUCAAGGGGCCAAAAGUCAUGAAGUAAGAGACUAUACAAGGGGCCAAAGGUUAUGGAGUAAGGGACCAAAGGUUUACCAUUAUCUAUGGGUUUUAAUAGAUUAUAAGUUGAUUAACAGAAACAGCCUUAUUGAUUAUGUAAAACACUCAAAAGUUGCAGUUUAAUUUUACAAUUUGAAAUUAAAUGUAGUAUUCUUGACAGAUUUUAAACUCAAUUCUAGACUAAAUGACAACUGGAACAGUCAAUGAGCAUAUUUCUAUAUAUUAAUCAAUCCUGCAUUUUUCCUUCUGUUCCAUGUGUAUUUUACUAAUUACAAGGAUAUUUUAACAAUAAAAUUAUCAUGCAUAUCAUUGACAAGUAGUUGAGGAAGAGACCUAUUUUUGUAUAAUCAUGAAAAGGCAAAUCUUAUAUUAAAAUAUGAAUAAUCAUGACAUUUUUUAUCUAACUGUACCUACAUUUAAUGUAUGGCUAUUUGACUCUGUUUCACAUUUAUGUAAUUCUAUUGUUCAUGCAUAUGUUUUUAAUGAGUUUUUAAACAGGACCUGGUGUGUAGCCCUAUUAGAUGCUGAACCAUUUGCUGAUCCGUAGCCACACCUACCUUUGUCAAAAUUUAGGAAAAGGGAAAACAAAAAUGCUUGGAUGCAAAAAUAUCUCAGACCUCCCUCUGUUUUCUAUAGCUAUUUGUUGAUCUGCUUAAUAUUCUAAUUGGCAGUGUGGAUCAGUCUAUGGACUUGUAGGAGCUGUUAGUUUAUACUUCAUAAUGCAGCUAACAGAAUUAAAUGUUAAGCAAUGUUAAGUUCAUCUGAGUUGGUACAAGUCAUUAUGAAAGAUGUGGGGUAAGUCCCAAUACUUUGUUAGUGUUGGAAGUUAAAGCUUAGUCUUUAUUUUAGAAUUAAAUGUUUGUUAAUGAUAAUAAUAAAAAUGUACCAUGUAGUGCAUAAAACAGCAUUGUGUUUGACAACAGGAAUGCAGUAAACCAGGUAAAUUUACUUCAAAUGUUACAGAGUCUGACACAUUCAUCUGCUUUUAGAGGCUGUUCUUGGUGUGAAAGAAUUGAGAGCCUAAAAUGACUGUAGAAUGUGUUCUAGAAAAAAAAUGUUCAGGAUUUGUAUACUCAGGAUCUGUGUAUCUCAUAUCAUAUUUGUUAGGAAGAAAUAAAACCAC